AUGUCACUGGCAAGGUCAACCCGCAGCACUCAGACGCUGCUUCGCGCAGCUCAGAGGGCGAGCAGACGCCAACCUCCGCCGCCUUUCCCGGCAAGAUCUUAUGCAACCGUCGAAUCCGAUAUCUUCAAGCCUACCAAAUAUGGUGGAAAAUACACUAUUACUUUGAUCCCAGGUGACGGUGUUGGUGCCGAGGUUGCAGAAGCAGUCAAGACAAUUUUCAAGGCGGACAAUGUCCCCAUUGAGUGGGAACAGGUCGAUGUAUCUGGUGUCGAUACGGGAGAUAAGCACUCUGAAGAGCUUUUUAAGGAGUCAAUAGCUUCUCUAAGGCGAAACAAGCUUGGUCUGAAGGGUAUAUUGCAUACACCUAUCGAGAGAUCCGGUCAUCAGUCCUUCAACGUCGCCCUGCGACAGGAACUCGAUAUCUACGCCUCCGUUGUUCUGGUCAAGAAUAUCCCCGGACUCGAGACGAGACACAAGAACGUUGAUCUCUGUAUCGUGCGUGAGAACACCGAGGGCGAGUACUCUGGGCUGGAACAUCAAUCGGUGUCCGGCGUGGUCGAAUCAUUAAAAAUCAUCACCCGAGCCAAGUCAGAACGCAUCGCCAAGUUCGCCUUCUCUUUUGCCCUCGCCAACAACCGAAGGAAGGUGACAUGCAUUCACAAGGCCAAUAUCAUGAAGCUUGCAGACGGCCUUUUCCGAAACACCGUUAAGAAAAUCGGGGAGGAUUACCCGACUCUGGAAGUCAGCGACAUGAUUGUCGACAAUGCCUCCAUGCAGGCUGUAUCUCGACCGCAGCAAUUCGAUGUCAUGGUUAUGCCCAAUCUUUACGGAGGUAUCCUUACAAACAUUGCGGCUGCCCUGGUUGGUGGUCCUGGCGUGGUGCCCGGUUGUAACAUGGGCCGCGAUGUGGCUGUCUUCGAGCCUGGAUGCCGACACGUUGGUCUCGAUAUUCAAGGCAAAGAUCAAGCCAACCCUACAGCCCUUUUGCUUUCCGGUACCAUGCUUCUUCGACACCUUGGUCUUGACGACCACGCCAACCGCAUAUCUAAGGCCGUUUAUGAUGUGAUUGCUGAUGGAAAGGUACGCACUAGAGAUAUGGGCGGCAACAGCACGACACAUGAAUUUGUCAGGACUAUCCUGGACAAGAUGGAAGCCGGGUUGUAA